UAUGUGUUCAUUUCACGGCGUUUUCACAGACCAACAAACCGUUUAUGACGCCAAAUAAGACUACCAUAUUGAUCGAGUCCUACGAACCAGACAGCAAAGUAUACGGACCUAAAAAGGGGGGUGAACACCGUGGUGUAGGCCACCAAAUAAACCGUUUUCAGUGCCAAAUAAGACCGCCGCAAAUCAUACGAACUGAAAAAAAUGUAGGCCUAGUACGAGAGUUGCUUUCUCCAGGCAGUAAAGCAGGUCCGGUAAAGCCUUCUUAGGAGUACGGAGCUAAAAUCAAGAAAAGACGGCGAGUGAAAAAAUUGGGCGCCUUCCUCCUCCCCCUAGUCCAUUGUUCGCUUCUUUCCCUCUCUCUCCGCCAAGGAGUCUGGCCCUAGGCUGGCAGGCUGCAAAAGCUUAAGGGUAAAAGUAACAUACACUUAAUGACGUCUGCCUUACGAUUCCAGGAAGAGGACGAGGAAGGCGAGGAACAAGUCGACUCAGGGACUAUGGUAAAGGUUGGAGAUGGAGAUGACAAUACAAUGAUAGUUAACACUACUGUACAGAGUCAAGAUACCAUGAUAGUGAAUAGCGAGGCCGGUACACUUCUGGAGUCCGACCUCGGAACUAUGGUGAUUAACUCUGAUGAAGAUGAAGACGCUACAAUGAAAAGUAAGCUCUCGAGUGCUGGUGAAAAAUAAAUGCUCUGUUAAUUCUUGAACUCCCGACUGUGUCAUUUAUUGUAAAACAAAGUAAAAAAUACAAGUGAGAAUGCUCAUGAAGAGGAGUCAUUUGAAUGGUCACAGUUUAGGAUUUUGAGCACAGGCUUAGAAGUUAGAACCACCUAGUACAGAAUAGUGAACAGUACUAUAGGAAAGUACUGCUCAGUAGCUUUCAUUUGAAUGGUCACAACAUGGGAAUUCGUCUACAUACUUAAAAGUUAGAACCACCUUGUACAGCAUAAUAAGCAGUACCACAGGAAAGUACUGCUCAGUAGCUUUCAUUUGAUUGGUCACAACAUAGGAAUUCGUCCUCAUACUUAAAAGUUAGAACCACCUUGUACAGCAUAAUAAACAGCGCCACGGGAAGUACUGCUUUGUUGCUUUCAUUUGAAUGGUCACACUAUAAGUUUUCAUUCACAGACUCAAAAGUUAAACCACUUCGUAUAGCAUAACAAGCACUAACACAGGAAAGCACUACUCAUAAGUUUCCAUUCGGAUGGUCAUUCUUUUGGUAAAAUCCUAAAAAAAAAUGAAUUUUACCAAGUUCCACUCAAGAGGUUUUAUUUGAAUGGGAACACCAUAACAUUUCUUCCGCAGGCUUAAAAGUUAGAACUACAUAGUUAAUAAAUAGUUCCAUGUGAAAGUGCUGCUAAAAAGGUUUAAUUUGAGUGAUCUCUCCAUAAUAUUUCCUCCACGGAUUUAAACGUUUGAUAAGGCAAGUGACCAUGAGAUAACGAGUGAAGGUUAAUAAUAAUAAUAAUAAUAAUAAUAAUAAUAAUGGAAUUUAUAUAGCGCUUAUACAUCGCUGUUCUAAGCGCUUUACAAUGUAAAGGUUUAACUGUUACACUUGAGAAUUUCUUACUUGGAGACAAUAACAAGCCGUCUGUAUCAAUUUUCUUUAACAGGAUUGGAUAGCGACACAAAGCAGAACUAUCGUCCUUCCUUUAUGGAUCAUUUUGACAGGAUAUUUGAAGCAGGAGGACGAAGCAGCGAGCCUGGCGCCAAUGGCUCCUCUGAAGAUGACGCCGGGGGACUUCUCAGGGGGGCUAAGCUGGAGGAUCCUUUUAAGAUUAAGAAGGCGGGCCCCCCUGACUUUGAGUUUGUAAGUAUUGAAUGCUAAUUCCCAAUUGAACCCCUUCUAAUUAUUAGGGAGCUUAGCAACCUCCAACGACUAAGCACGUAUGUGCAUCGCACUUUUUGGUACAUUUCUUACCCACCUCUGCGCAAGGGACGUGAUCACACGUUAACGAAUUUUCCUUUGUCUCUUUAACAUGAAUGCCGUCCCUAACAAUUCAUCUCCAGGAUAGCUUUCGUACAAUUCACAAAUUGAGCGAGCUAGCAUAAUCGCGAUGAAGUUUAAAAGGAACGCGAAUUUACUUUAUUGCUGUUGCCGUCGAAGUUGCGUAAUCUCCCUGAUAUUCUAACUCGGUGUAGUAAUUUAUCAAGUGGGCAGGUGUAGGAUUUCAUUAAGGGGGAGCCAGAUUUCACGUCCAGGCCUUUUCGGACUUCGCGAUAGUCCGUGAGAGUAGGGCAACGUCCAGUGAUUAAACCGAGUCGGUGUUUAGAGCGCUUUUCAAUUGAGUGUCGAAAACCAAAACCAAAGUAAUCACAACGGCCAAUCAGAGUAAAGGAAAUUAUCAGAGGGAGCCAAUGGCAACUCGAAGUAAACGCGUGUAACCGGCCUGUAGCGCGGGAAAACGCGAGUGACCAAGGAGCGAUUGGUUUUAGUUUACAUCUGAUUGGCUGAGAGGGUGGCGCGAGUUUUCUAGACCUAUCAAACAGCACAGUAAAGCAAAACCAAUUCAAUCCUGGAUUACUUUCAACACUCAAUUGAAAAUUGCUCUAGAAGCAAGGUGAUUCACAGUCGUAUAUUGUGCGCUAUUUUCACAAACCCGCGAAGGAGGAGGGAGAGUAGACAUAAGCGUCUGCUCAUGGGAGAGGAGUUUCCGCGCGCUGGUGCCUUUCGCUCUUUUUAUUCCUAGGGAAUGUGCCUCGUUUUCGUGCGCACAUGUUGUGGGUGGCACACAAGGGUGAAAAGGUCGACAAGGGUCAAGGAUAGCAGGUUACUCUCAAAGCGCAGAAUUAUUUUUUAAAAGCAUUCAAACAAUUAAGCCAGGCAAGUUUGACUGUUAUUAUGCUUUGAUUCGCAGUUGCGGUCACUGUCUUGUGAGGAACUACAGAGUCGAAUGCAAACAUUAGACAUGGAAAUGGAAAAGGAAAUUGAAGGACUUAGGUCACGCUAUCAAGCAAAAAGACAGCCUAUUCUUGACGCCAUGGAAGCGAAGAAGAGAAGACAACAAAAUUUUUAGUAAAGCGGGCUGCAUGCUUUGUGUGUGAACUUAACUAAAUUUGAACGUCGAUAAUUCUAACCCUUUUAAUACGUAGUUCGCGUUAAGCUUAAACUGGACAUAGAAAUUCGACUAACAUCGUUAACUCUUUCACUUCUUAUGAUGGCAAAAGUAACAAUUUCAAGAAAAUUCGAAUUUUCUUAUUGUAAAGUCCCAACAUUUAAAUAGUACUAUGCCUAUACAAUAGUCCCUCCAAACAGUUUUCAUUUGAACGGUAACAGCAUAAUAUUUCGUCCGAUAGAUACAGCCGUUGUUGUUAAAACGUGACAAUGACAAAUCAUCUCAACAUAGAUUGGUCUACGAGUGAAGAGAUAACUUUAACAUUCGCCUCAUUUAAGGUGAUCCAGAUUCCGAAAAUGCUUGCUUGUGAAAUCCAGAAUCCUGGACUUUGGAAUCUGUAAUCCAACUUAAGGAACUCGGAGUCCCGCUAUCGAGUGAAAUCCGGAAUGCAGAGCGUGAAGCCCCGAGUCCAAGACUGUCUUGGAUUACCUCACGGGGGGCAACUAACAUAUAGACAGUUGAUGAGGAAAGUCACGACCCAGUUUUCGCUGGGAUGGUUGCACGUAAGGAUUUUAAUCACGGAAACAUUUUGUACAGCAUUGUUAACUAAAGCAACUGUGGUGUUGAGUUGAUGGGGUGGAGGCGGGGGGGUGUGUGGUGUUGAGUUGAUG